AUGGGCUGCCUAUUUCUUCUUAUUGUUAUUUUUAGGUUACAAUAUCCACUUGUUAUCUUUUCACGUCAUUUAUGUCAGCUAGAACAGAAUUUGGCUUUGCAACUAUUGAAGCUUAAAUUGGCUAUAGAUGACUAUGCUUCUGCUGAUUGUGAAUCCAAUGAUCACUUCCCUUAUCCAAAGACACUUUCUUGGAAUAAAAGCACUGAUUGCUGUACUUGGGAUGGAGUAACGUGUGAUGGUGUUACCGGUCGAAUAACUGAGCUUGAUCUUAGUUGCAGCCAACUUCAUGGGACAAUUGAUUCCAACAGCACACUCUUCCAACUUUCUCAUUUGCAAAAGCUUAAUUUAGCUUACAAUGAUUUCUCCCCUUCCCAAAUUUCAAUUAAAUUUGGCUGGUUUCCAAGUCUUGAGGAGUUGAGAUUUGGACCUCACACUUUCAAAUUGCUCCUUCAGAACUUAACUCAAUUAAGGGAGCUUUACCUCACCUCUACAUACAUUUCUUCGUCACUGCCCACAUCAAACUUUUCCUCUUCCUUGCAAGUUCUUAAUCUUCUCAGCACAGAAUUAUCUGGGAAUAUCCCUGAUGGCUGCUACUUCUCUGGAAACAUUCCUCCAACUAUUGGGGAUCUCACAAAGCUCACUACUUUGCGACUCUUUCCGAACAAUUUCAGUGGUCCACUGCCUUCAACAAUCUCAAAUCUUGUGCAACUUGUUGAGUUUGAAAUCUCAUCUACCAACCUUACCGGCAACAUUCCAAAUAUUUUCGGUAACUCUACCAAUCUCAAAUCUUUAUCCCUAUCAUAUAACCUCUUUACAGGGCUUUUUCCAUCCUCAGUUACAAACCUGACAAAGCUGGAGAGUUUAGAGAUAUCAAAUUGUUCUAUAACUGGUCCUAUUCCUUCUAUCGCUACCGGAUUUCCCAAUAUCAUCUUGCUCUUCCUAGCAGAUAACUCGCUUAGCGGAGAAAUACCAUCUUGGAUAUUUGAUCUUCCUUCCUUAAAGUACUUAGUUUUGAGAGGCAAUCAACUUACUGGUCAACUUAAGGAAUUUAAAUACAACUUGCUAGAAGUUGUUGAUGUGGGUGAGAAUAAGCUACAUGGACCUAUUCCCACAACAUUUUCUAAACUAAUGAACUUGACAACACUAGAUCUUUCUACGAACAGCCUUUCAGGCAGUCUAGAUAUUGGUAUAUUUUCAAACUGCAAACAACUUAGACGACUUGGUCUUUCUUUUAACAAUCUGUCUGUGUUUUCCAGCCAAAAAGAUGUGACCUUGCCAAAUUCUAUUGGAAGUUUGUAUGUAUCUUCUUGCAACAUAAGGGAAUUAAAUUACCUACGAGCUGUGAAAAACAUUGGUAAUUUAGAUCUUUCCAACAAUAAGAUGUAUGGAAAAAUUCCGGAUUGGGCAUGGUCUAAUUGGCAAGUGUCAGUGUCUUAUUUGAAUCUUUCAAGCAACUUUCUAACGGUUAUUGACCCGCUUCAUCACUUCAAGGAACUUGUUUAUCUUGAUAUUAAAUCUAACUUGAUUCAAGGACAACUACCUGCUCCACCUCCCAAUAUGUUCCUCUUCAUAGUCUCAAACAAUAACUUUACUGGGAAGUUACCUUCGUCCUUAUGCAAAAUGAGUUCCCUUGUGAUUCUUGAUUUGUCUAAUAACAGCCUGAGUGGAAUAAUUCCAAAAUGUUUGGGAAGUACUCUGAGAAGUUUCAAUUUGCGGAAAAAUAAACUAGAAGGAAUGUUGCCAAGAAAACUGGCAAACUGCAAAGCGCUGGAAGUAGUUGAUCUUGCAGAAAACUUGUUGAAUGAUACAUUUCCCAAAUGGUUGGGAUCACUUCCUAGGCUGCAAGUUCUUAGUUUGAGAUCCAAUGGGUUACAUGGCCGGAUUACCACUUCACGAAACCAAGUCUUAUUCUCAAAGCUGAAAAUCCUUGAUCUCUCUUAUAAUGACUUCACUGGAAAUCUAUCAGAAAGGUUUUUCAACAACUUGAAAUCCAUGAUAAUCGUAGAUCGAACAGGAACAGGAACAGGAAAUCCUUUAAGGUAUAUUGGACGAAUUCAAUAUCAUGAUUCCUUGACAUUGGCUAUAAAAGGGAAAAAGAUUGAACUUGUGAGGAUUCUUUCUAUCUUCACAACCAUUGAUUUCUCAAAUAACAAAUUUAAAGGUGAUGUACCAAAAUCCAUUGGCAAUCUUUCUUCACUCCGUGGGCUGAAUUUGGCCCAUAACAGCCUUAUUGGACCUAUUCCUCAGUCCUUUGGAAAUUUAUCUGUUCUUGAGUCGUUAGAUCUAUCAUGGAACCAACUGUCGGGGAACAUUCUUCAACAACUUGCUUCUCUGAAAUCUCUUGCUGUCCUGAAUCUCUCAUAG